CUCGUGAUGAAUAUGUGUUUCGAAUAUUCAUUACUCGAUAACUGUGAAGAUUAUUUUCGAGCAAAUUAAACGAUCUAGGUCCUAGGAAGAAGUAGCAUUGUUACCGAAUGGUCUUCUCAUCUACUUUAAUCAAUUUAUUUUCAGUAAAAAAGCCUGGGGUUCACCUUUGAAGAUUGUCUCAGCAAUGCCCAAUGCUAUAAAUUUCGUUCAGCGUUUUUAUUCGAAGAAUACAAUUUAUGCCCUUUCUUCAGGUCUUGGAAAAUGUGGUGUAGCAGUGAUAAGGGUUACAGGACCAAAUACAAAAGAUGCUUUGAAGUACAUUGGGGGCUUCAAAGACCUUCCAGAACCGAGGAAAGUCAUGUUGCGAAGUUUGAGAGAUGUGAAUAAUGGAGAAAUUAUAGAUAAAGGACUAGUGUUAUGGUUUCCUGGACCCAAAAGUUUCACAGGGGAGGAUAGUUGUGAAUUCCAAGUGCAUGGAAGUGUAGCUGUUAUCAAUGGAAUUUCGAAAAGCUUGAAUUCUAUUCCAUCGAUUUCUUUAGCCGAACCUGGUGAAUUUACCAGGAGGGCCUUUUAUAAUGGUAAAUUAGAUCUGACCGAGGUAGAAGGCCUUGCUGAUUUAUUGAAUGCUGAAACUGAAAUACAGAGAAAGCAAGCCUUCUUACAGUCUCAAGGUUUUUUGAGUAAAAUGUAUCAUCAAUGGAAAGAUGAAUUGACUCGUUAUCAGGCACAUGUAGAAGCUAUGAUAGAUUUUGAAGAAAGUGAGAACUUAGGAAACCAAAUGCAACAUGUAUUUCAGAAGGUCAUGGAAUUGAAAAAUAAAUUAAAGAAACAUAUAUCUGCUGGAAGAAAGGGAGAAAUUUUGAAACAGGGGGUUCAAACAGUUAUUGUGGGACAACCAAACGUGGGAAAAAGUAGUUUAUUCAAUAUCUUAUGUGGACGACCAGCAGCUAUAGUCACACCAAUAUCUGGAACAACUAGGGAUAUUAUUGAAAUCAAGCUUGACAUUUCAGGAUAUCCUGUUAUAUUAUCAGACACAGCAGGCAUUCGUGAAGAUUCAGAUGAUCCCAUAGAAAAAGAAGGAAUGAAACGAGCUAUUGAUCAAGUAGAAACUGCAGAGCUUGUGAUUUUAAUGAUGGUUGCUCAUGAUUAUUAUUCGUGGAUAAAGGCUAACAAAUUAUCAACAUUGAGUGAUUAUAUGAAGCUUCAUUUAGAAAUGUUAGGGUUGGAAAAGGUAUAUUCUGACUAUAAGCAAAAUAAAAAACGAAUUAUUCCAGUCAUUAAUAAAGUUGAUCUGAGUUUACCCAAAAAUGAUGAUAAUUUAUUAUGUGUAUCUUGCACUACUGGUUUAGGAAUUGAUGACUUAGUAAAUCAAAUAACCAGGCAACUGAAGGAAAUUUGUGGAGAACCAUCUAAGGAACAUCUUUGUAUGAAUAAUGCUAGGCAUCGUGAACAUUUAAAAGAUUGUCUAGAGGAACUAGAUAUGUUUCUGAAAAACUCUGAGGCCCUCAACUCUGGAGAAAACAUAGACAUAGUUAUUUUGGCUGAACACCUUCGAAGAGCCUCAAAACAUUUAGGUAGAUUAGUGGGAAAAACAUUUACAGAUGGAAUUUUAGAUGUAAUCUUUAGGGACUUUUGCAUUGGAAAAUAAAUACUCUGACAAAUU